AUGAAAGAACCAUGGAUAAAAACACACACUGGCAUUACCAAAAUCAAAGCAAAAACUCAUGUAGAUGGGCUUGAUGAUGUUGAAGAAUUUGAAAAUCUCUGGGUCGAAUUAAAAGGUGGCUUUGGUAAUUAUCAUGAAACUGAAAACGAAAAUAAUCGUGAGGAUUUAGAUGUAUUAUUUAAGGGAUUCUCAACAAUGUCUGCUAUGCAAGAACUUACAUUACCAGAAGAAACAAAGAAAAAGAUUGGAGGACUUGAAUUUUUUGGAAUAAGAGGGAUCGGAAAUCAUUUUCAGUUUUGGGGUAGUUUACAGGAGAAUUUUGAUUAUCAUCGUUUGAAGGAAGAGAAGGUAGCAGCAUUCAGGAUUUAUUAUAUGCAAUCAGAAUUGUUUACUCAUUCAAGAUAUACUACAAGAGUGGAAAUUAGUAGAUUAAAUUUUCAUCAGAUAAAAGCUUUAGCGAUAAGUAAGAGAGUUUUUGAAGCUGACUCUUCACCAAUCAAGGCAAAAAGAGUUUGA